AACAUUAAAUCAUUAAAUAUAACCUCGGAGGGUAGUAACGGAUCUGGAACAGUACAGGCAAUCAUGGGACGCGCCAUGUUGAUUUGUGACAGAGCUGGAUAGUUUAUCGAUGGCUUAAACUCGCACAUUAAAGUUUCCUUUGACUGCAAAAUGGACCCUCUGUGCAGUGCUCAGGAUGCUGUGCGCUGUGCCUUGUGUUCAAUUUCUGAUGCUCCCAUGUUCUGUGAAGGUUGUCAUACACAUCUAUGCAAAGAUUGUGUAGAAGAACAUUUCGCUGACUCUUCUAAAGUUCAUAACGUUGUGCCACUUAAACAAUAUUGGACCACCCUAAAUUAUCCGAAGUGUGAGAAACACGGAGCCAAACAAUGUGAACUCUUCUGUGAGCAUUGUGACAUUCCUAUUUGUGCACGUUGUAUUUCCUCAAAGGGACAUCAAAAUCAUAAUAUUGUAGACUUUCUGGAAAAUCUUGAAAGAAAAAGAAUAGAUUUACAAACAGACUUACGAGAAUUGGAGAAGUCACUAUUUCCCAAAUAUAAAAAAAUUGCAUUUCACAUUCAAGUUCAAAAAGUUGAUUUAAAGAAAAAUUCACAGAAAAUAGCAGCAUCUCUCAACACACAGCGGGAUAUUUGGCACAGAGAAAUAGAUGAUAUUGUCAAUAAACUUAAGUGUGAAUUUAAGGACAUAGAAUCUAAACACCUGGAUGUUCUAAACAAACAGGAAGUUGAAAUACAAAGAAGCAUCUCAGAAUUAACGCAGAACAUUGUUGAUAUAAAGAAAUUACUUAAUUCCAAAGAUGUGUUGCUUGUCUGUGAGUACAAAUCCAGAAAUGCUAAAUUUCGAGGAUUGCCCCCAAAAUUCAAAAUAUCUUUACCGAGCUUUAAGCCUAAUGAAAUCAACAGAGAUCAGCUGAUGGAACAAUUUGGUUCUCUGUCAACAUUAACGUUAACGUUUACAACAGAGGAACAAGACAACAGCGUGCUGACCCAGGGAACCGAGUCCUCUCCCCCAGACCAGCCACUGAUGAAUGAACCCCGGGUCAUCACAGCUAUAGACACACGGUAUGAUGAGCCAUACAGUGUAUCCUGUUUAAAUGAUUCUGAAGUCUGGACCCGUGGUGAUGACAACAUUAUGAAACUCUUUAAUCUCAAGGGAGAACUCGUGAAGUCUAUUCAAACCGAUUCAAAGAACUGGCCCUACGACAUAGCAGUUACAAUGAGUGGGGAUCUAGUUUAUACUGAUUAUGAUAAUGGAACUGUGAACAUAGUGAAGAAUACACAGAUACAAACUGCGAUCAGACUUGAGGGGUGGAGACCUCGAAGCAUCUGUAGUAGCUCUUCUGGCGGCUAUCUGGUCGUCGUUGAAAGUGAUGAUAAGAAACAAACAAAAGUUGUACGAUACUCCGGCUCCAAAGAAACACAAAGUAUUCAAUUCAAUAGCAAGGGACAAUCCCUCUAUUCUUCCAGUCGUCACUUAAAAUACAUCAAUGAAAAUAGAAACCUAGAUAUUUGUGUGACUGAUGUAGGAAAAAACGCAGUGGUGGUAGUCAACCAAGAAGGAUUACUGAGAUUUAUCUACCCUGUUACUCGGUUUUUUCACGAGCUCUCAUUUGAUCCACGCGGCGUCACUACAGACAGCCAGAGUCGGAUCCUGAUAGCAGAUUGUCACAAUGACAGAAUCCACAUCCUAGAUCAGAACGGACAGUUUCUUCGAUUCAUUGACAAUUGUGAUCUAUGCUAUCCAUGGGGUUUAUGUGUGGACACCAGCGACAACCUCUUUGUGGCCGAUUCUGACACUGGUAAAGUGAAGAAAAUACAAUAUUGUAAUUGAACACAUUGAUCUUGCUUAUACUCUUAAUAAAGUUCCUG